CUGCCUGCUCUGCUGCCCACAUCCCCUGGCCCACCACCAAAACUGAAAACUGGCUUGAGGGAUGGGUCAGGCGUGGGCAAGGGGCUCCCGAACGUCAAGGCCUCAGCUUAUUCCUCCUACCCCCCAGAAUAUGGCCUGGGAGACCCUCCUCCGCCUCCCGGUUUGCUGCAACCCCCCACCCUGGCCCCCUGGCAGCCCUCCAGGGGUGAUGGAGCCCCAGCCACCCCUGCCCAGCCCAGUGGGCUCCGCAGCCUGGGCGAGGAGGGUGCCCCCGCCCGCGGCGCCUCCCCGUCGACCCCCCCAGUCAGCAUCAAGUCUGAGCGCCUCUCGCCGGCCCCCGGGGGCCCUGGAGACUUUCCCAAGACCUUCCCCUACCCCUUGCUCCUGGCCCGGCCUCUGGCAGAGCCCCUACGGCCCGGGCCCCCCCUGCGCCGGCUGCCCACUGCUGACAGCUGGCCGCGGUAGAGGACCCAGGGGUCAUGCCCCCACACCUGCCGGCGCCCCAGCCUCCCAGCGUCCUUAGAGCAGACACAACAGUUACGACCCCCUCCGCGGUGGGGGCCUGGAGUUUGCAUCCACAGUCGGGGGCUCCUUUCCCCGUACCUGUGUGUGUAUCCACCAAUAAAACACGCGUGGUGUCCGUGGACAAAACUACCUGUCGCUGCUCAGAGCCCAUGCCUAGGUCCUCCCACCUUUUCCCCAGGGACCUGUCUUGCCUUGCCUUGGCUUGGGGUACAGCCUCCGGAACUCGACCCUGAGGGGA